AUGCCCGCAGAUAUCUUUGUCGAGUCCGAUGACUCGGAAUUCUCCGAGGCCGACUGGUCCGUCCAUGGCCAUCGACGUGCCUCAGGACGCCGGCGAUCACACUCUCGUCCCCGUCGCACCGAGGUGCGAGAAACCCUGACGGUCCCCAUGCCGUCCACACGAGUCCAUCGCUCCGCUUCAACGGGUGCUCGCCGACACCGCGAUCGCAGCCCAGUCCCUGCCGUCGUGAUUCUCAACGAGCAGGCCCAGCGCACUGAUAACAGCAACAGCAACAAGCCCCGCCGUGUGCAGCAAAAGGUCAUCGACCACGACUUUGACGAGGAGGUGAUUACGUCCCGUCGUCGUGCCGUGAGCGGCGUCUCUCGUGACCCAUCCCCAUUCCACCAUGAGCGCGAUGCCGAACUCGCCCUCAACCAGAAGCUCCUCGAGAAGAGUGAUCUCCGCCAAGAUCUGGAGAUCUGGAAGCAGCAGCAAGAGAUCGAGCGGUUGGAGCGUGAGCUGGAGAAGCACCGUGAGCGGCCUGAGCCGCGUGAUUCACGGGAGUCACGACUGCUGCGCGAAGAGGAAGAGUGGUAUGAGGAUGAGAUUAGUGAUCGACUGCGUCGACUGGAGCGGUAUGACCGCAAGAACCGUGCUGAAGAGGAGCGGCGCAAUGUAGAGAAGAACUGGCGCCUAAAGAGGCUUGAGGAACAGGAGCGCGAGGCUUCAGAGAAGAAGGCCUGGCGACUGAAGAGGCUCGAGGAGGCUGAGAAGGAGGCCGCCGAGCGGGAAGAGAUGAAGCAGAAAAUCCGCGAGGAGAAAUUGAAGGAGAUUGUCAAGCAGAAGGAGGAGGAGGAAGAGCGCGAGAGACUGCGGAAGCAGUUCGUCGAGGAAGAGCGCCGCAAGGCCGCCGAGGCGGAGGAGAAGAAGAAAAAGGAGCAGGCAAUGAAGAAUGCUGCGAUCGAGGAGUGGAAACUUGAGCAGGAGCGUAUCAAGCUGAAGCAGAAGGAAGAGGCGAUCAAGAAGGAUAAGGAAUUCCGAGAACGCCUGCGCCUCGAGUUUGGAUAUACCGAGGAUGAGAUUGAGGAAAUCCUCAACAAGAAGAAGAAGGCUGAGAAGGAGAAGGAGAAGAAAGAGAAGGAGAAGAAAGAGAAGAAAGAUGAGCUUAUCGAGGGGGGAAAACCACUUGGAUCAAGGGUUGCCACAGUACUAAUUCUGGCUCAGGUCCACCGCAAGCACCUGCUCCCUGAAACCCUUUUGGCAUACAACUUGCCCUGGGAUUGGGACGAGCGUGACAGCAAUUAUAUCAUCAUCAAGCGCUGGAUCACCGAAGACUUCCAAGAAGAGCUCUUCUCCCACACCCGCCGUAUCCGCGAGGGCAAGCUGGUCACCCAGACCUCAAGCUCCACCACCGAACUCCGGAUCAACGACCGCGGCAAGGACAAGAUGUACCUGGUGCGGAAGAAGAGCCCGAGCCGACGGCUGCGCAUGUUCGUAUAA